AUGCAAAUGCAGGCGCAGUACUACUAUUUGGCAUGCGGAUCAGUUGCAAAACACAGGCAGUGGAUUGGCAGUGGAUUGAUAGGAGGUUGGGUGAACCAUAGGCCCUAUUCCCCGCAGGAAUCAUUCGAGGCCACUGCAUAUAGCAAUGAUCAUGCAAAUCUGUGGCGCUUAGCGAUUAUGCGAUUGCCACAAAAUCGACAUAUACAGGCAACAUGCUCAAGAACGCCGCUGAUCAGUGGCAGACAGCCCAGCAUUUGUUGCAGAACCUCCCUCAAGCGUUCAAGCUUGAAGGGAUUCCCCAGAAUGCCGCAAUUGACAGCCAUUGGCGCUGCUCUCAUCGCCCACAAUGGUCAUUAG